AUGGAUAUUUUUUCGUUAGCUUCAAAUUUGCAGCAGAUAGCCAUCGGUGGCGUUAAUUUUGUAAAUAGUAAAUUAAGGAAAAAAAGUUUGAAUACUGAAUGCAAUUACGUCACAUAUACAGUUAUAGGGGAAAAUGAAAAAGAACCGUAUGAUACAAAUAUAUUUUUCCUUCCAUUUAAAAUAUGUACUAGAAUUAAACUGAAAAAGUUUAAAGAAUAUUUCCCCUUUGAGGGGAAUGUAAUAUUUCGCUUUAAAACGCAAUUAACAGAUUUAGUUGAUGUUAUAAAUGAAGGGAUAAUCAAUAAUCAACCCUUAUUAAAAGGAGAUCAAAUAAAUGCAUCUAAGAAAAUAACUUUAGAUGAAAAUGAAAUCAGCAAUAUCCUAAAACAAGAUAAAUUAAAUUACAUAUGGCUAGACGUUACUAAUGACGAGGCGCUUAUACCAUUAUACAACGGUGGUAUUGUUGUAAAGGUAUUAUUUAUUAAUCAUGAUAAUUAUAAAAUGUAUAAUAACAUUUAUUUUAAACAUGUAAAGUGUAUUGAAUAUAAUUCUGAAAUAUACCAUGCUAACGAAAAAAGCUGCUGUUCGUAUAUAUUAGAAAAAGAAGAAAAUCAUAAUAACAGUAGUAAUUCUAAUAAUGAGAAUAAUAAUGGGAGCAUGCAAAAUCAAUGUGGGGCUACAAAUAUAAAAAACAAUUAUAUUAAAAAAAAAUUUAUGAAUUUUAAUUAUUCUAAUAAUAAUAAUGCUGACUAUAGAAAUAGCGAAAAUAAUAGUAACAAAACAAAUAACACUUCGAAUGUUAACACUGGAAAAAAUGAUAAUAAUAAUAAUAACGUAAUGAAUAAUACUAAUAGUAACAACGCACAUGGAUUUAAAGGUGAAUUAAAAAAUUAUAAAGCAUACAUAAAGUCCUACCAAGAUAAUAGUUUAUCGAAAAAAAUAAUUAUUGAAAAUGAGGAAAUUCUCAAUACACAACAUAUAAAUAUGGAUAAUGGCAAAACAGAUGAUGAUAAUUAUUUUAAUGAAGAAUAUGAUCAAAUGCAUUUUACACAAAAUACAAACGAGAUAAGAAAUAAUUUUAAUACGCAUGAUAAUAAAGGUAAUCAAUUGUAUAAUAAAAUUUUAAAUGAAAAUACAAAAAAUAAUAUAAAUAUAAACAUACCAAUAAAUAAAGGUAAAAUGACUGAAAAUGUGUUAGGAAGAGAUAAUUACCAUAAUUCAACAAAUUUUUUACCAGCAUAUCAAAGUAAUGUAGAAAAUAAUUCUAUGGGUACACAAUCACAAGAAAAAAUUAAUAUUAAAAAUCACAAGGAAAAUCAAGAAUCAGUCCAAAGUAAGGUAAGUAAUCGUUUAAAAGAAUUAAAAGAAUAUAGAUGCCAAGAAGAAGCUAAUUUUAAAGAAAAAAUAGGUAUAUCGGAUAAAAUUAAAAAACAAAUUACUAAAUGGUCUAAAAAUUCUGACGAAUCAUAUAAAGAUAUAAAAGUAAUGUUAAGCACUUUGGAUGAUGUACUUUGGGAAAAUUCAGACUGGAAGCGUGUCUCUGUGUCUGAUUUAAUAUCAAAUCCAUCUGUAGUUAAAAAAGCAUAUAAAAGUGCUAUCUUGUUAUGCCAUCCAGAUAAACACAGAGGGAAACCAAUAGAACGAGUGAUUCGCGCGGAAUUGAUUUUUCAGGCUCUAAACAAUGCGUUCAAAGAAAAAAAGGGUAUUUAA